AUGUCCCAGGAAGACGUCAGCGACGACGCUUACAACGCACAAAAAGAAGCCUCAGAACAAUCAGCCUUGCCUUACGAAUGGAAUCAAACGAUUUCAGAAUUAGACGUCACUAUACAUCUUCCGCCGGGAAUACGCGCUAGAGACCUUUGCGUGAUCAUCAAAAGGCGUAAACUAAGUGUGGCUGUUAAAGGCUCUGAGCCAAUCGUAGACGGAACUCUGUUCGCUGAUGUCAAAGAGGAAGACUCCACUUGGUCCGUGUCCGAUGGAAUUCUCAACUUACAUUUUGAAAAGGUCUCGCAGGCUGCUUGGUGGCCAUGCGUAGUUGAAGGCGCCCCAAAGAUCGACACAAAGAGAAUCGUCCCUGAAAACAGCAAAUUGAGUGACUUGGAUGGUGAAACGCGCGCCAUGGUUGAAAAGAUGAUGUUUGACAAUCGCCAGAAGGAGAUGGGUCAGCCAACGUCUGAGCAGAUAAAGCAGCAGGAGACACUCAGCAAGAUACAGUCAGCAAAUCCAAACAUGGACUUGUCAAAUGUUCAAAUGCAGUAG